UUCCCAGGGUUCCCCGCGCUGCCGUCAUGGCCGCCUCCUUCUGCCGGUAUCCUCACAUGGGGUUCUAGGGCUGUUGCUGUACUCACAGGAACUGUCGCCACUAGUCUACGGCGUCAUUGGAGACUCCUCCUUUCACUUUUUUUUUAUUGACGCCUGUGUGACCGUCGUAGGAACCUGUUUUGGCUGCAGCGAUGUCUGGGGUGAUGUGGACCCCGGAGCUGGCAGUUCUGAGGGGCUUCUCUACUGAGACUGAGAGGCAGCGGUGGAAGCAGGAGGGAGUCGCCGGUUCGGAGAGUGGAUCUUUCCUGCAAUUGCUUCUAGAAGGGAACUGUGAGGCCAUAUUCUUAAAUUCAUUGACUCAAAAUAUUUUUAAUUCAACAACGGUAACUGAAGAAAAGAUUGACAACUACCUAGAGAAGCAGAUAGUAACAUUUCUGGAUUACUCAACAGAUUUGGACAAAACCAAAAGACAACAGCUGAUAUUCCUACUUGGUGUGAGCAGUUUGCAACUUUUCGUUCAGAGUAACUGGACGGGGCCUCCUCUUGAUUUACACCUUCAGGAUUUUUUGCCACCUGUUUUGUUCCAGCACUUCAGUGAGGUCAGAGGACUGGAUGCAGUUGUUCUGAGUCUGCUCAUUCUAGAUGGUGAAUCGAUCUACAGCCUGACCUCGAAGCCCAUACUGCUGUUGUUAGCACGAAUUAUCCUAGUGACUGUAAGACAUAAACUGACAGCUAUUCAGAGCUUGCCGUGGUGGACUUUGAGAUGUGUGAAUAUUCACCAGCAGUUGCUUGAGGAACGUUCCCCUAAGCUUUUUGCCCUUGCGGAAGACUGUGUUGAUCAGGUGAUGAAACUAGAGAAUCUGUUUGUAGAUGAUUCAGGUCGAUAUUUGGCUAUUCAGUUCCAUCUGGAAUGUGCAUAUGUAUUUUUAUAUUAUUAUGAAUAUAAAAAAGCUAAAGAUCAGUUCGAUAUUGCUAAAGACAUCAGCCGAUUACAAAUUGAUUUGGCAGGUGCUUUGGGGAAAAGGACACGUUUCCAGGAAAAUUAUGUGGCACAACUUAUUCUAGAUGUAAGAAGGAAAGGAGAUGUCUUUUCAAAUUGUGAAUUCAGUCCAGCACCCACUCCUCAGGAACAUUUAACCAAGAAUCUUGAGCUCAAUGAUGAUACUGUUCUAAAUGAGAUAAAGUUAGCAGAUAACGAACAGUUUCAGAUGCCCGACCUGUGUGCUGAAGAGCUUGCUGUUAUCCUUGGAGUCUGCACAAAUUUCCAGAAGAAUAACCCAGUGCAUAAGUUAACUGAAGAGGAGCUGCUGGCAUUUACAUCAUGUUUGCUUUCGCAACCAAAGUUCUGGGCCAUUCAGACAUCAGCUUUGAUCCUCCGGACAAAACUUGAGAGAGGAAGCACACGCCGAGUGGAACGGGCAAUGAGGCAGACACAGGCUCUUGCAGACCAGUUUGAAGAUAAGACCACGUCUGUGCUGGAACGCCUGAAGGUUUUCUAUUGCUGCCGAGUACCACCUCACUGGGCCAUUCAGCGCCAACUUGCAAGUCUACUCUUUGAGUUGGGAUGCACCAGUUCAGCCCUUCAAAUAUUUGAGAAACUAGAAAUGUGGGAAGAUGUUGUCAUUUGUUAUGAAAGAGCCGGGCAGCAUGGGAAGGCAGAAGAAAUCCUUUGGAAAGAGCUGGAGAAAAAAGAAACGCCAAGUCUGUACUGCCUGCUGGGAGACGUCCUUCGAGACCACUCUUACUAUGACCGGGCCUGGGAGUUGUCUCGGCACCGCAGUGCCCGCGCCCAGCGCUCCAAAGGCCUCCUCCAUCUGCGAAGCAAGGAGUUUAAAGAGUGCGUGGAGUGCUUCGAACGCUCAGUGAAGAUCAAUCCUAUGCAGCUUGGAGUGUGGUUUUCUCUUGGCUGUGCCUAUUUGGCCUUGGAAGACUAUGGAGGUUCAGCGAGGGCGUUUCAGCGUUGUGUGACUCUAGAACCUGACAAUGCUGAAGCUUGGAACAAUUUAUCAACUUCCUAUAUCCGAUUAAAACAAAAAGUAAAAGCAUUUAGAACUUUACAAGAAGCCCUUAAGUGCAACUAUGAACAUUGGCAGAUCUGGGAAAACUACCUUCUCACUAGCACUGACAUUGGCGAAUUUUCAGAAGCCAUUAAAGCUUAUCAUCGGCUCUUGGACUUACGAGACAAAUACAAAGAUGUUCAGGUCCUUAAAAUUCUGGUCAGGGCAGUGAUGGAUGGGAUGACUGACCAUAGUGGAGAUGUCGCAACCAGCCUCAAAGGAAAGCUGCAGGAGUUACUUGGCAGAGUAACUUCAAGAGUGACAAAUGAUGGAGAGAUCUGGAGGCUGUACGCCCAAGUGUAUGGAAAUGGGCAGAGUGACAAGCCUGAUGAAAAUGAAAAGGCGUUCCAGUAUCUCUCUAAGGCGUACAAGUGUGACACACAGUCCAGUGGUUGGGAGAAAGAUAUCACGUCAUUUAAGGAAGUGGUUCAGAGAGCCUUAGGACUUGCACAUGUGGCUCUAAAAUGCAGUAAAAACAAAUCCAAUCCCCAAGAGGCUGUACAAGUGCUUUCUUCAGUUCGACUCAGUUUACGGGGCUUGUUAUCUAAAGCAAAGGACUUCGUGGAAACAAACUCCUACGUAGAACCUAGAGACUCACCUAAAGUCGUGCCGUCCAUGCUUGGCCAGGACAGAGUGACUGCUUGGCCCUCAGCACCCUGUCAUUGUACAGAUUUGCUGCAGGGGAGGCAUGAGGGCAGUGCAUCGGGGAUUGCAGAUGGAACAGAUUUACCACUCACACCCUAUGUGAGCCUCAGCAAGUUAUUCCAUCUUUCUAAGCCUCAGUUUCUCUCUGCUUCGUCCUUACCUUAUAGCAAGUGAUACAGAUUUAUGAUGAUUUGCAAUCACUGUAAUUCUCUUCUGUGUGUGUGUGUCAGGGGUGGUAAUUAGGUUUUUAUUUACUUAUUUAUUAUUUAUUUUAACGGAGGUGCUGAGAGUUGAACCCAGGACCUCAUGCAUGCUAAGUAUGCACUCUACCACCGAGCUGUACUCUCCCUGCCCCCCAGCCCCAUAAUUCUUACUAAAAAUAAAACAUGCUGUGUGAGUCCAGGUUACUUUCCUCAAAGGUGUUUUCUCUACUGAUCACAUCGCAGCAGUUGGUAUGUCAAUUUGUGUGAAACGCUGUGCAAGGUGUGGCUACACAGCCGUGUGGCUACACAGCCAUGUGGCAAUGCUUUACAAGAUGUUUUUGAAGUUCGGCACUCAGGUGACUGUUUUUUGCUCCAUGAAUCACUAUGAGAAACUCUAACCUUAGCCCAGUCAUGAUGCCAUCUUCAAAACAUCUUCCAGGUUCCCUCUUUAGAAGAUCUGUCAGUAUCAUCUGUGGUAGUAUAUAGCCAUAUUUCAAUGGUAAAUUUGAUUUUGGUGAACAAAUCAUCUAGUCAGGUCUGAUGAAAAAGAUAUGGUAAGCUGAGUAAAUUACAGUUUUGAUUAACACACACACACACACACACACACACGCCAUCCUGAAGCUGAUUUUCUUGGGCGCCUAUGCUGGCUUGGCAGGCAGUUCUUAGAGUGGCAUUCCAGAAUGUUUCAGCCAUGGUAACAUUAUUGAAGUGUUUUGCAAUAUGCCCCCCACAGCAAUUCCUUUUACAGAAGGAGGGAGCUUUUUUUUUUUAAAUUAAAAAAAAAAAUGUUAUUGAAGUAUAGUCAGUUUACAAUAUUGUGUCAGUUUCUGGUUUACAGCAUAGUAGUUCAGUUAUACAUAUACAUAUAUAUAUUCAUUUUCAUGUUCUUUUUCAUUAUAGGUUACUACAAGAUAUUGAAUAUAGUUCCCUGUCCUAUGUAGCUUAAACUAGUUGUUUAUCUGUUUUGUACAUAGUAUCUAGUCAUAUAGUUUCUAGUUUUAUAUAUAGUAUAUAGUUAGUGUCUGCAAAUCUCAAAUUUAUUCCUUCCCUCCCCUUCCCACCCACCAGUAACCAGAAGUUUGUUUUCUAUGUCUGUGAGUCUGUUUCUAUUUUGUAAAUAAGUUCAUUUGUCUUUUUUUUAGAUUCCACAUAUAAGUGAUAGCAUAUGAUAUUUUUCUUUCUCUCUCUGGCUUACUUUGCUUAGAAUGAUGAUCUCCAGGUCCAUCCAUGUUGCUGCAGAUGGCAUUAUUUUAGUCUUUUUUAUGGCUGAAUAGUAUUCCAUUGUAUAAAUAUUCCACAACUUCUUUAUCCAGUCAUCUGUCAGUGGACAUUUAGGUUGCUUCCAUGUCUUGGCUGUUGUAAAUAAUGCUGCUAUGAACUUGGGGUGCAUGUAUCUUUUCAAAUUAAAGUUCCCUCUGGAUAUAUGCCCAGGAGUGGGAAUGCUGGAUCGUAUGGUAAGUCUAUUUUUAGUUUUUUUGAGGAAUCUCCAUACUGUUUUCAAUAAUGGCUACACUAAAUUACAUUCCCACCAACAGUGUAGGAGGGUUCCCUUUUUGGAGGGUGCUUUUAUUUUAUUUUGCUGAGCUUUUUUGCCUUUACUGAAAAUUGAUAAUCUUUGUGACCUCAGUCCUAAGCCAUAAUUAAUUUUCAAAUAAUUAGCAUAAAGGAUAUGAUUUAUAUGAAUCAGGAUAUUUGUUUCGCUUAUAUAUACAACAGAUAGAUUUGGUUUGUUUGGAUGAAUAACGUCUGUUUAUCUAAAAACCAUCUUAUGACAUUGAAACGAAUAAUCAGUAUUCAGGGCAACCAUUCUGAAGAACAGAGCUCAUUUGAAUUCACAAGUUCAGGCAUGUUUGAUUGUUGCAGCUUAUACAUUUCCAGGAUGGUGAACAGAACAAACACCAGUUGCUGCUAUAAUGUUGUGGUAUUAUUAUGAAAAGGGAAUUUUAAUUCUAUAUUCUGUAUAUUAUUUUAAAGAGAUUUUCUUUGUUUUGAUAGUUCUGCUUUAUUCUUUAU